CCGUGCCGUGCUACCUUGCACCGUGCAAUUCUGCACCGUGCAAUCCUGCCCCGUGCCGUGCAAUCUUGUGCCGUGCUACCUUGCACCGUGCCGUGCUGCACCGUGCAAUUCUGCACCAUGCUGUGCAAUUCUGCCCCGUGCAAUCCUGCCCCGUGCUGUGCUACCUUGCCCCGUGCCCUGCAAUCCUGCACCAUGCCGCGCUACCUUGCACCGUGCCGUGCUGCACCAUGCAAUCCUGCACCGUGCCGUGCAAUCUUGUGCCGUGCUACCUUGCCCCGUGCCGCGCAAUCCUGCCCUGUGCCACGCUGCCCCGUGCCGUGCGUGACCCCGUGUCCCCCCGGCAGCUGGCCCCAGCUCGCCUCGGCAGCGCCCGGGCUCGGCGCGAGGGAGCCCGCCCGGAGCAUGAUGUCCUACAUCAAGCAGCCCCACUACGCCGUCAACGGGCUCACCCUGGCUGGGCCGGGCAUGGACCUGCUGCACACUGCCGUGGGCUACCCUGCCACGCCACGGAAGCAGCGCCGCGAGCGCACCACCUUCACGCGGGCGCAGCUGGACAUCCUGGAGGCGCUCUUCGCCAAGACGCGCUACCCCGACAUCUUCAUGCGCGAGGAGGUGGCCCUCAAGAUCAACCUGCCCGAGUCCCGCGUGCAGGUGUGGUUCAAGAACCGCCGCGCCAAGUGCCGGCAGCAGCAGCAGCAGAGCAGCGGCCAGGCCAAGGCUCGGCCCGCCAAGAAGAAGAGCUCGCCGCCCCGCGAGGCGCCCGCCGACGCCGGGGGGGCCGGGCCCUACAGCCCCCCACCCGCCGGCCCCGCCGGCACCCCCGGCUCCGCCGCCGGCGCCACCGUCUCCAUCUGGAGCCCGGCCUCCAUCUCGCCCGUGCCGGACCCCUUGGCCACCACGGCCGCGCCGGGGCUGCCGCGCUCGGCGCCGUUCCCCGGCUCCUACGGCCAAGCCGGCGGCUACGGGCAAGGCUACGCCGGAUCCGCCGCCUAUUUCGGGGGCCUGGACUGCAGCUCCUACCUCUCGCCCAUGCACCCGCAGCUGGGGGCGCCCGGCGCGGCGCUGAGCCCCUUGGCCACCCCCGCCAUGGGCGCCCACCUCGCCCCCUCGCCCGCCGGCUUGGCCGGGCAAGGUUACGGCGCCGCCGGGCUGGGUUUCGGUGCCGUCGACUGCCUGGACUACAAGGACCAGGCGGGCUCCUGGAAGCUCAACUUCAACGCCGCCGACUGCCUGGACUACAAGGACCAGAGCUCCUGGAAGUUCCAGGUCUUGUGAGGGGGGGCCCGGCCCCGCCGCGGGCGCACGAGGGGGCCCGGAGGGUGCCGGGCACGGCUGCGGCGCGGGGAGUCCCCUGGGAACGGGGCAGCGCCGGGGCACGGAGAAUCCCCUGGGAAUGGAGCAGUCCUGCACGGGGCA